AUGGGUAAAAGAAGUAGUAUCACCGGUGAAUCUCCAGCUGGGAACAAGAAGAAGGUUUCCAAAAACGCUGGUAGUGGUCCAAAGUUAUCAAAAGAGUACAUUACAAAGACUUGUCAAACCAUAUUGGAAAAUAUAAAUGAAUUGAAUUUCCCAAAAUUAAAUGAAUUAAUUAAUUUAUAUGAUCCAUUACUAGAAAAUUUAAACACAGAGGAAAAAUUAAAUCAAAAUGAACCUAUUGCAAGAUUAUUAAAUAUCCAAUUAUUGAAAAUAUUUGAAAAAUUAUUUGAAUUAGAAUUAUUUAAUCCUUCCAAAGUUGAUAUAUCAGAUUUUAAGAAAUUAAAACAUGUUUAUGAAAUGUUUAAAUUCAAUUUAUUGUUUCUUUUAGAAAAUAUAUCAUUUGAUUGUUCAUUAAUAGUGGAUAAUUUAGAUAUUUAUUUAAAAUUAAUCAAAUUAGAAAGUAUACAUUUUGCUACUAGUUCAAAAUCAUCAAAUAAUGAUAAAAAUCCAUUUUUCCCAACUAAAACUUAUAAAAAUUUAAUAAUUUCAAUUUUAAAAUCUCAAAAUGGUGAAAUUUUAGGAGAUGGUACAACUUCAAAUAUAAUUGUUCAUGAAUUUAUUGAUCAAUAUUAUAAAAAAUAUCAAGAUUUACAAUUUUAUUUUGUUAAUGAAUUACCAAUUGAAGAAUUUUCAAAUGAAUCAGCUAACAAUGAAUCAAUUUUUUCAAAAUUUUUAACUAUAAUGAAGGAAAAAAAUCUUUUAUUAGAAUCUUUGGAAGAACCAAAAACAUUUGUUUCAAAUUUACCUUCAAUUGUUAAUAAUCAAGUUCAUUAUAAAUCAUCAUUUGAAAAUAAAUGGUUACAUUUCUUAAAUUCUGAAUUAAAUAAUAAUCAAUACAAAACUGUUCUAUUAAUUUUACAUAAAAGAAUCAUUCCAUUUUUCGCAAGACCAACAAAAUUAAUGGAUUUUUUAACAGAUUCAUAUGAAAUGGGUGGAAUUGUGGCAAUUUUAUCAUUAAAUGGGUUAUUUGAAUUAAUUAAAAAAUAUAAUUUAGAUUAUCCAAAUUUUUAUACAAAAUUAUAUUCAUUAUUUGAUCAAAAUUUAUUUCAUGUUAAAUAUAGAUCAAGAUUUUUAAGAUUAACAGAUAUUUUCCUUUCAUCAACUCAUUUACCAUCUCAAUUAGUUGCUUCAUUUAUUAAGAAAAUGGCACGUUUAUCAAUAACAAGUUCUCCAUCUGCAGUUGUUUCAAUUAUACCUUUUAUUUAUAAUUUAUUGAAAAAACAUCCAACUUGUAUGAUUUUAUUACAAAAUACUUCAGUUUCAGAUGAUUAUACUGAUCCAUAUAAUGAUAAAGAAUUAGAUCCUUUACAAACUAAAGCCAUUGAAAGUUCAUUAUGGGAAUUAGAAACUUUACAAUCUCAUUAUCAUCCAAAUGUCGCUACAUUAGCUAAAAUUUUCAGUCAACCUUUUAGAAAACAAAGUUAUAAUAUGGAAGAUUUCUUAGAUUGGUCAUAUGCUUCAUUAUUACAAAGUGAAAAUACUAGAAGAUUGAAAACUGAAGUUGCUUUGGAAUAUGAAAAUUUCGAUACUUUAUUAGGAGGAUAUGUACAAGGAUGGACAUGGUGA